AUGGAUUUCGCGACCAAGUACAUGGCCGCCAAAGGCUGGACAGCGGGCGACGGUCUUGGCAAAAACAGACACGGUAGAAAAGAUCCAGUCAAGGUGAAAUAUAAAUUCGACAUCAACGGAUUGGGACACGAUAAAGCGGAAUCGGACAAAUACAAAUGGUGGGAGCGAGCUUUUCAGAGCGCUUCGGAUGCUAUUCAAGUUGGAAAAGACAACAAGAUUGAAAAAGUCGAGGGAAAGGAGACAAUUGUUUCAACUUCCAGACCAAUGAGCAAAUCAUUGAAUAAAGCCUUGCUCUACGGCAGUCACUUCGUCAAAGCGGGAGUGAUGAGCGGCGGUAAAUUCACGAGAGAAGAAAACUCCUCGGAUUCAGACUCGUCGUCCGACUCAGAAGACGAAGCAACAAAAGGAAAGAUCGUGGAAGUCUCCGACGAAGCCCUUUUCGCCGCUUGUGGAGGAAUGACGGGACACAAGGGUGCUCGGCACGGAAUCAACAUGACGGCCAAACUGGCCAGAAUCAAGGAACAAGAGCGACUUGGCCUGGAAAAGAUGAAGAAUAUGUACAAGAAGACAGAAGAUGCGGCGAAAGAAGCAGAGAAACAAAAAGAAGAAGCGUUCAACGAAUCACUGGAAAAGAGCGCGAAAAAGAAGAAAAAAGCUAGAAAGUUCGAAGAACCUGAAGUCGAAGAAAACAUUCCAACAAAGCGAGUCAAAGUCGACGAGGAAAAUAAUGAAGAAGAAGUCGAAGAGUCCGAAAAGCCGAAAAAGAAAAAGAAGAAAAGCAAGAGCAAGAAAGAGAAGGAGGAACAAAUGGUCGAAGAAGUAGAAGCUGAGCUUGAAGAAGUUUCGUUAAAAAAGAAGAAGAAAAAGUCGAAGAAAAAGAAAGUAAUCGAGAACGAAGAGGCAGAGGAAAAUGAUCCUCAAGAAGAGAACAGCGAAGAGCCCAAGAAAUCUAAAAAGAAAAAGAAGAGCAAAAAGCAAGAGCUCGAAUCGGAAGUAGUAAAGGAAGUCAAAGAAGAGGACGAUUCUUCAAGUUCAAAGAAAAAGAAGAAAAAGAGAAAGAAACAGAAAGUCGAAGAUGAUCAGAACGCAUCCGACGAGUGCAACGGAAAAUGUCGAAUGAUUUACACAAAUUGCCGUACCUUUUGCGAGACGAUUUCCUGCGAAGAAGCAUGUUCCGAUGAAUACUCUUCUUGCCAAGACGACUGUCCCUGUGGUGCGAACUGUCCUGAAGGGGUCAAAAUCCGCGAAAGAAACGAUACUUUUUACCGAACACCUUCCGUUUCUCCAACUGAUGGCUACCUCCACAACGCUGGAUACGCAUUCAUAAAGGACCAACUGUACAUUUUCGGUGGAAACACCGACGAGUACAAGAUCGCCAAACUUCUCGGCUGCGAAUUCAAAGAAUUGGAACUAAAGCUCCUCCGACACUUCCGCGCGAAUACUGGCACGCUUCAAACGACUGCUGAUCAUUCUCAAGUGUUCAUUUGCUUCAGUUGGGCUGUUGGAAUGUGUCAAAUCUUCGACGAAACAAGCGUGGUGGAGAGCAGCUACAAAUCAGCGCACGAUCAUAAAUACGGCUGCCUGGGAUUGUAUGAAGGAUCGAUCAUUGCUGUUGGCGGUUAUUCCGGGAAGAAGGUCGAGUUUUAUCGACCAUCUGGCUGGGAAAAUUCAAUACUCUUUUUCAACCCCGAAAUAGACCAUCCGCGAGAACUGAGAUAUCAAACUUGUCUGAAUCUUCCGGAAGGUGUCUUGACUCUCGGAGGCGGUUGGGCUGGCGAAUACUUUUCCGACAUCUAUAUUUUCAAGCAAAUGCGAUGGAAUCAAGUCGGCCAACUUUCAUCGCCAAAACGAUCCGUCACUGCUUAUUUCCUUGAUGACCACAUUUUCUCAUUUCCUGGAGAUGUUCUACCUCUUGAUGUCGAAAAAAUGAGCUUCAACGACAAUUUGGUCGACGACCGAGUGAUUCUGUUCAACCAUACGAAUGCUGUCACGCAUCCAAUUGUUUUUGAGUCUUCUGUUGAUUUAUGCAGAUGA